AUCAUCAUCCAUCAUUCGGUUUUAUGAGCGUUUGCCAGUUUUAUCGCCUAUUUCAAAAUGCGUCGCAGUUUUUUCUCCCAUUUUCCUCUCAGAUACGAAACAACACCAUCGCCAGCUCGGCUGGCUUUGUAUCAUUUUAGAUCUGGGUGGAGAGUGGAAUAAAACACGCACAGCAACCAGUAUUUUAGAAAAUUCUUAGCUGUCACGACUCUGCCACAGCGGAGCUAUCCUGGUCGAUGUGCCUCUAGUUAAUAGUCGAGCGGGGUUCACAACCAAAUCUUGACACUAGAGGCGCUGAUUUCGUUCCUUCCAACGCCUCUGAAACGAGUAAAUUGCCACCAUCUUGAAAAGCAGUACCGCGGAUAUAGAAAAGUAAAGAAUCUUUCUUAUUAUAAUGAGGCUACGCAUCACCACUCAAGCCCGCAAAAAUGAUUGCUGCACUACGCUGCGUUUAUAGUUCUCCAUACAAUCAUCUUAAAACCCAGCAGUAAGUGUCAGAUAUUAUUUAUAAAGAUCAUAUUUUCUUAGUUAUGAAUAGAAUAAAACGUUUCAUUAGAGAAAGUGGCACUAAUUCGGCCUGAAUAAGAUUUACAGUCCGAACUGGUGAUGCAGUGGAUGACGUAGGAUUAUCAAAACCCUGAAUCUCAGGAAGCCGACAUCCAAGAUGGCGGCAAUUGAUCAAUAUCAGUGUCUGAAUUUGUUUAAUUGCGGCACUGGGGCGAGUUUGUUCAUAACCGUGCCAGUUUUAACCUGAGAUUCAGGUUUUUCACUCCUUACGUCAUAUACAAAAUAUCGAGAGGAGGAGUAUAUUGAAAACCACAGAUUCCUGGAUUUGCCAGCGUUGGGCCUACUUGCGUUUGGUCUAACGUUAGGCCUAAACAACUUCAGAAGAAUCUGAACCGACCAACACUCAUAACGAUCAUUGAGAUUGCCAGGACCAAACAAACAAAACCUCCAGUGUCAGAAGUUAGGAAGAAUUGGAAAGGUACCUCUAGCCCCGCCUCUAGCUUAGCAUAUACAUGUACAAGUCAUUUAUUUGAGACAAUUUACUAAUGUCCCCAUACUGUCAUUGGUACGCUUUUUCCGCUCACAGCGUUGAAGUCAUAAUAUGUACAUGUAUAUUAUAAAUUAGACUAAAAUACAUUCUCCUGAAAACAGAAAUACUUGCAUCUCAUCUUACACGCUGCUAAACUUAAUCGUGCCACAAAUAUCGCGAUACUCAUUUUACAAACCCUAAUAUUAACUUCCAGUAUGUCUACAGCAAGUCAUAAACCAUAAUUAACUAGGUAUGUUACAAGGCAAAGUGAUUGUAUAUCGACCGGAGAUUCUUUCCAUUUGCCCAUCUGUGAGAAAGUUGACUGAAAAUCACCCUAGAACAGGCCCAGAAGUUGGUUGGCUUUCCGAUUGUGCAGAAGAGUGGACAUUCAGACGCUCUCUAAAAGUCGCUGGCCCCUGAACCGGGUCGCUGAUAGUGUGUUUGCCGGUCACAAAACUAUCAACCCAGGCUGUGGCGUAGUAGAAUAAUGUGAAUCGCCGUUAUCAGCAGCAUAGGAAAUGCGACUUUCGAUAUCCCCAUCCGUACGGCCGAGGUUCAUCAGUUGGAUUGACCCCGGCUACAUGAGGUUCAGGAUGAUCAGUUGCUGCGCCACAUUCAACUCGGUUAUCGACCAAACGACGACGCGAAGUGUCCGAAUGCUAGGCGCGCGACGGUUUUUGUCGGUGUACAUUGUACGAUCUUGCGGAGCUAAUGCGCAUCUUGUUGAUUCAACUGAACUGGAGCACAUGCAGGUUUGGACAAGGGCGAAUUGAUUAAACUGCAUACUGGCCAACAGGACAAGGUGUGCAUUCUUUAUACCAUUGCUCACGGUUUAAAAAAGUCCGCAUCACAUGUCCUCAUCCAAUAUUUGUUAGGAACUAUACGGUUAAGGGUCGUUUCAGAGCAAUAUUUUCACGCAAAUCGUCUAAUCUUUUUUUCUACGACGCUUGAUUUCAUCGGUGGAAGUCUUUAGCAUUAUAUAGCGGCUAUCACUCAUUAUGAUGCCAGGCAGCUUUAAAAACGCCACAGAAAUCUCGAACCAUCACCAGGUUGACUCGUAUCUGGAGGGCCUGGAAUAUGCCGUCACAAUGCUAGUGCGGAUUGGUCCCCCAAUUGUCAUAUUCAUUGGGGUCGUUGGUAACGCCCUCAGCCUCCUGGUGCUGUGCGGUCGGCAUUACUCCACCGCAAGCACGACCUGGUUCAUGAAAAUCAUCGCAAUUUUCGACAUCAUCGGUUGCAGCGUCGUUGUGGGCAUAAGAUGGAUUGCAACCCACUAUCCGAGCAUUGCAAUCGAAAUGGGAGACGCCUACUGCAAGGGAUACUUCUUUGGCGCUCAUUGGUUGAUCAACGCGUCUGCCUGGACUCUCGUCUGCAUGACGGUCGACCGGGCGAUUAGCGUCUGCAAACCGUUGCAGGCGAGUCAAAUCUGCACAGUCGCACGCGCCAGGAAGACCGUCCUUGGCUUGAGUGUAUGUUUCGCAUUUCUGGCCGCGCCGUGUUUCACUCGAAACUUCAGGAUACAGGAGGGCGCCAUCUUUAGGGCCCAGUGCCCUUUCACUCCUGCCUGGAUGUACGACGCUUUCUACGUUACUACUGUCGUGGUCAGACUUUGGACCGCUCCAAUCGUCGUCCUUUUAUGCAACAUCAUAAUCGUCAUCGCUCUCUUUCGGCGGCGCAAGCAACGCGCUGAGCUGUCACAAGAAAAUGCCAAAAGCAGGAAGAAAGAGUCUCAAUUGAACGCCAUGUUGAUAUUAGUAUCCUGGGUAUUUAUCUUGUGUUACUUCCCGGUCACUUUUGAUAUCCUUUUCUGGACUGUCUUUCGGCCCGCUCCGUGGACGCCAAUCGAAGCUGCCAUCCGUAAAAUCACGAAUGAGGUUGGGGAUACCAUGAUGUUCGUCAACCACGCUGUCAACUUUUAUCUUUAUAUCCUUGGGGUCAAAAGAUUCAGAGAGGAUUUUAUCAAACUUUUUCGUUGCAGCUUCAUCAAAAAAAGACCACAUAUUUCUGACGAGACACAAUGACAGGGUGAUAUAGGAGUUUAUGUAAGACCAUAAAUCUAUUUGAUUUUGGUAACUCAUGAUGUGAUUCGAUCUUUUCACCUUCUUU